AAUUUCCACUUAGGUUUCCUGUAACAGCGUUUGUCUUACUCAAUCCUAGAAACUUCAGUUAUACUUGCAAGUCCAGCAGCAUGCUCUUGUCACGCCAGCAGGUCGCACGGUCGUCCCUUGCGAUAAUCACCCCUAAAAGACGAUGCUACUCGAUCACCUUGGCUUCGGCAGCAACACAAACCCAGCCCGCUGUACCGAGACGCGCUCUCGGCGCAGCGCUGCUAGGCGCCGUGGCGCUCCCGCUGCUUUCCUCAGGAGCCGCGCACGCCGGAUUCAAGAAGGAGCUUAAGAAGAAGAAGAUUCCUGAGGAGGAUUACGUAACCCUGCCCGCUAAUGGGCUCCGAGUGUACGAUAUGGAGGAAGGCUCUGGGCCGGAGGUCAAGCCGGGCGACAGGAUUGUGGUCCACUACGACUGCCUCUAUCGAGGACUCGACGUCGUAUCCAGUCGAGCGGCACGGCUGCUGGGCGGCAACCGUACGAUUGCCGAGCCGUACGAAUUCAUCGUGGGGGAGCCCGUUUACGCGGCUUCUCUGAAGUCGUACGAUUCGGACUCCGCGAACCCUCUUUUCGCCGGCAGCAGUGGGCCCAAGCCACCACAGGCACUUUCUCUUUCCGUGGUCGGCAUGAAGAAGGGCGGCAAGCGGUCGGUCAUCGUGGACAUUCCGGACCUGGGCUAUCCGAACGGCGUCAACGAGCUGCCUCCCGCCACGACCUUCGAGCUGAAGGUGGAGGUGCUCAACGUCUAUUCGAAGGCGUAAUUGCCAACGGCCGGAUGGCCCGCUGAGCUGGAAUCUACCGGUUGCCCUGUUUCCGCUUUCGUUUCCUUGUUCUCACUUUCUCGGUACUGUACGACGUUGCUGGUACGACAUCGGCCCUCAUCUCAGCCAUCAUUCGCAGCGCGGCACAUCGGUGUACGACAAUGUGGAGCAAUAUGUGGUAGGGACUCGGCUGGUCUGAGGCUGGACUUUAUGGAUCUGCGAACACGUGCAUGUGCUUUCCGCAAGGACGCGCGGGCCUUGGGGCGUGUGUUUUAUGGGUUGUACGGCGCUAUCGAACAGUAGUACUUAGUAGUACUUAGGUGUAUACAGUGGUCUUGAUAUCUGGAAGACAGGAUGCAGAAGGCCCGACUCGUUACGAAGAAACAUGUGAAGACAGAAAUAUACUUUAUCUCGUCUAAUAGUUGCGGGAAAUUGCAGAUGAGGUACGGAAGAGGUACGGAACUCCCGUGUACGCGUACGGCAG